CCUUGGGUUUGAUAGGUUAGAUGGGUUAGAUCGGUUAAAUGGGUUAAAUGGUGAUGCGUGUUGUGUCAAUGUUAACGACAGCAUGUGUGCGGUAUAAUGAUACCUCUUCAGUUUUUAUUGUGGAGUUUCGCUGCUUGUGUUACAUACUAGAUUGCGUCUUACGGUUUGAAAUAAAAUGGAUAUAACCACGUUAUUUAAGGCCUGUGUGAAAACUAUUCGAACUCGGAAUAGGGCUUUUGGAGUGGGCGAUGCUGACAGAAGCAGAAUCUUUGGAACCAGGACACAGAAGAGUGAAUUUACUAUUAGAGCAAAGGAAGUUCUUGGUCAGAUAACACGUCUGAGAGAUUUUCUUCUAGAACACAGGAAAGCAUAUUUAAAUUUUGCAAGUCAUCUGUCAGACACUCCACAGAUGACAGAUGUAGAACGGGACAAGAUAGACUUGGGGGCCCAGCGAAUUAUGAACACAUGUUCUUAUUUAAUCCAAGAAUUCAAGAAAGUGUCUCAGAAGUUGGAUGGCUCCGCACAGUUGCUGGAACACAGGCAAGCAGUCCUGGACCUGGUUGAGAGUUACUUAAAGUCAGUGUGCAAGAUUUACUCUGAGCAGAGAGCUAUACGAGUAAAACGGGCUCUUGAGAUCCAGAAAAUGUCAAAGUUAGAGACAGAGUCUAAGAAAUAUGGUGAAAAUUUUGUAAUAUGUAAUAGUAACUCAGAAAUUUUCCUAAAAGAUCAUAAAGAGAACAGAACUCAGAGUAGUCACAAUUCCAGCCCAAGGAAAGUGCUGGAGACCAACAUUAUUACCGACAAACCUUCACUCUUUUCAGAAGAUGAUCAGCUUUCCACUGAGGAGAUGCAGAUGUUUGAAUCAGAGAAUGCCCAGUUAUAUAAUGAACUGAAUAGUUUGACAGAGGAAGUGAAGCAGAUAGAAAGUAAAGUGGUGUGUAUUGCUGAACUGCAAGAAAUUUUUACGGAGAAGGUUCUGCAGCAGGAUAAGGACAUAGACAGGAUUGCAAGUACAGUAAUUGGAACAACAGAGAAUGUUAAGGAUGCCAAUGAGCAGAUACGGCAGGCUAUCCAAAGGAAUGCUGGUCUGAGGGUCUGGAUAUUGUUUUUCUUAGCUGUAAUGUCAUUUACCUUACUCUUUUUGGAUUGGUACAAUGAUUAAAAUCUCAGCAAAAAAUUCUCAAAAAUGUUUACAUAAAUAUGGUUCAUUUUAAAGUGGAUGUGCAGAUCAUUGGAGAAUAGCAUGUUUAUUCACUUCAUUUAAGGCAAUGAGUGUCAGGUGUAUAAAAUACUUAUUAUUUAUUGUUAAAACACUGGGAGAUGAUAGCUUUAUUAAAUCAUGAUAUUUAUAAUGCCUUAGAAAAGAAAAGCAUACACACACACAUUUAUGUAGUAAUCUUUGCAGAGUAAAAGGGAAACAUAUUUCUGUAAAUAAAUGUUCAGAAAGACAAGUAUGUGUGACUUGUUCUUUGCCAGUGUUUUUCUUCAAAUAAAUUAUACUCGUGUAA